GCGGGAUAUCCGCAGUAGUAAGCUAACUAAUAACAUGGCGAAGACUUACGAUUACUUGUUUAAACUACUUUUAAUCGGCGAUUCAGGAGUCGGGAAGACCUGUGUCCUAUUCAGAUUUUCAGAAGAUGCCUUCAACUCAACGUUUAUCUCCACUAUAGGUAUUGACUUCAAGAUCAGAACGAUAGAAUUAGAUGGAAAGAAGAUCAAGCUACAGAUAUGGGAUACAGCAGGGCAGGAGAGGUUCAGGACCAUCACGACAGCCUACUACAGAGGAGCCAUGGGAAUCAUGUUAGUGUAUGACAUUACCAAUGAGAAAUCCUUUGACAACAUCAAGAACUGGAUACGGAAUAUAGAAGAGCAUGCUUCAGCAGAUGUGGAAAGGAUGGUCCUUGGAAACAAAUGUGAUAUCAAUGACAAGCGACAGGUGUCCAAAGAAAGAGGAGAGAAGCUGGCACUGGAGUACGGUAUCAAAUUCAUGGAGACCAGUGCAAAGGCAAACAUCAACGUGGAGAAUUCCUUCUUAACUCUCGCCAGAGACAUCAAAGCAAAAAUGGACAAGAAGCUGGAGGGCAACAACCCGCAGGGCAGCAGUCAAGGAGUAAAGAUUACAGAACAGCCCAAGAAGAGCAGUUUCUUCCGCUGCACGCUCCUGUGAUGUGACAGGAGCGACGGCAUCCACCAUCGCCUUAACUGUGUCCCCCACUGGACAGAACUGGACAAAGCACACUCUUAUCUCUCUUCUGUUGUUCUUUACUUGUCUUCCUCCUUCUCUUUUCUGAUUGUCCCGUGCUUAUCUAUUGGGAUAAACAAAUGUAUCGCUCCCUUUGUUUAUCAGUCAGUUUUCCCUUGAUGCCUGUGAAUCUAACUUCUCUGGCUUCUGUUACAUGCUAUAUCUCAUUUUCUUUUUCUUUUCUUUUUUUUUUUUUUUUUUUACAUUUGCUCAUUAGGUCGACAGUUUCAAGUUUGAUUCCUUAGAUUUUAUUGACUUUUAAAUCAGUGCCUCCUUACAAGAUACUAGAAACGAUCAAACCUUUACUACUUACAAUAAUGUCUGAUGCCUAGCUGGUUUCUUUCACCUGUUGUCAGUGUCGCUUGGUUAAAUCUUAUUUAUUCCAUCCUUAUCACUAAAAGAAGCCCAAACUAUAUUUCCAGAAUAGGUGUAUUAGUUCACUGGGUUUCCUAAUUAUUAUAAAUAAUUGUUGAAUAAGAUGACCUCCAAGGUGAUGAUAGUACAAUCCCAGCUGAUUGCUGUUGGGGAACUAUUAUACUACAUUUUGUCUACUGACUUGGUGGCCUAGACUUUUAUAUAUCCACAUAAGGUAUCGCAACUAAAUAUCUGUCAUUGAUUAUGAAACAGUAGAGCGCAUUUUACUCAUCAUGUCAACAUUUUGGUUUACAUGUCCUCUCUCCACCUUUUCUACUCAUGUCUUCCUGCUGAUUUAUUAGGCUGAAACAUUCCAUUCAUCUUGUGAACACUGUGAUGUACAAUGUGAUGUGUAUGUGGGGCUGAGAUCUUACGUAAUCAUGUGGUUGCAGUAAGACUGUUCUUGACAAAGUAUGCUUGUUUUAAGGGCACACAGAUUCCUUUUGUAGUUGCUCAGCUCAUCAUUUUAGGUAUUGUUAGUUCAUUGGAUAAGAAAGAUGUGAUUGGUGUGAGGGAGACGAUUAUUUGAUGCACUUCAAUUGGUGGACUAGCAAUAUCUAACUCGAACACCUGGGGGCGAUACAGUUACACAACAGCAGCAGAAAAGGAAUCACAGCGAUGAUGAAAUCAUUGUUUUAUGCAUUCAUACUUCUUCCAGUUGUCAGUUCUAAUGAGGGGGACAUGCACACAACUGUUUUCUGGGCCUUGGAUAGGUGCUGUAGCAGUAUUUAUAGAGUGAAACAAAAACAUAGCACCAAAAUGACAAAGUGCCCUUUAACGUUCUUAUUGAUGAUGCACUUUUCUUUUGUUCUUUCUGUAAAAAAGAAAAAGAGAAGAAGAAAAAAUUAUUGCUUAACAUUUGUUGACUGUAUUUGUUGCAAGUAUUAACUUACAGGAAAGAAUAUUCAUGCUUGUUUUCCAUGAACCCUAUCCGGGCUUCCUAAAAGCAUCUGAGCACUGAAACCUCAUCUUUUUAGUUAGUAUAAUGACAGAGGGCCUAUGAUUUGCAGAUGGGUUUUCAUUCCUCACAUUCCCCAUUAUUAUUUCACCUUUUCCAGCUUCUUAGGCAUUUACAUCACCUUUGAUGCUUUUGGGAACCCCAGAUUGACCCACUUAGUAUCUGUUUUAUUCCCUGCCCUCUUUCUCCUCUCUGUAGAUAUCCCAUGUCUUAUUUUGGCCCAGUAUCACGGCCGUCUAAACUAUGCAUUCUGGAUGCAUAGAAAACCUCAAAAACGCUUUGCACAUUUGACUUGACAAGCUUUAUUUGAGAUUAGCAAUGUGCAACAGCUCCUUGCUGUUUUAUUUUCUGCUGUCAGUCCAAAUUCUCUUGUAUUUGCUCGGUUGAGCUGUUCAGGCGUAAUAAUAGGAAAUUAAUUGAAAGCUAGUUAAUUAAUUUUCUAUUUUCUUUCUAUAGGUGCUGAAGAGUCAGUGAAUAUGUAACUGUUAGAUGGUAACCUGUGGAUUUAAGUCAUCGUUGUUAAAGUGGUUGGGCUUUUGUUGAUUUUCAGCACAAUUUUGUUUUAACUGACACAGAUUAAGCCAAUUCAUGGCUUGUUAAAAGUGCAGCUUUUUAGAUUUGAGUUUGGCUUAAAUGAGCUCAGUUCUUCUUUUGAGCAGAGUAAUUUAUAAUUCUUGCCAAUUACAUUUGCAGUUCUGUGUUAACAUUUCUUAAGCAUUCCCUAACUGAAUUUGGAUUUCUGCGCUGAUUGAUUGAUGGAUUUCAUAGGGAAUAAAUUAAAUUACUCAGCAAUUGUAAAUAAGAUCUACAAUGAUUGUAUUGAAGUUUCAUAAAUCUUAUUGAUCUACACCUUUUGUAGAUAUGUGUACUUCUGAUUUAUUAAAAAUGAGAUUCUUAAAUAA